AUGUCGGCACCUCAAGCGUCCUCCUCCUCCGCGCCUCAGCAACAACCCGAAGACUGGAAGAAGCAGCUCAACCUCCCUACGAAGGACACCAGGCCGCAGACUGAGGAUGUUACGGCGACCAAGGGAAACGAGUUUGAGGAUUACUUCUUGAAGAGGGAGUUGUUGAUGGGAAUCUUUGAGGCUGGGUUCGAGCGCCCGUCGCCCAUCCAAGAAGAAGCGAUCCCCAUCGCCCUCACAGGCCGUGACAUCCUCGCUCGCGCGAAAAACGGCACGGGCAAAACCGCAGCGUUCAUCAUCCCCGUCCUCGAGCGCGUCAACCCCAAGAUCCCCAAGAUUCAGGCUCUCUUGCUGGUUCCCACGCGCGAGUUGGCCCUCCAGACGAGUCAGGUCUGCAAGACCCUAGGCAAGCACACGGGCGCGCAGGUGAUGGUCACGACGGGCGGGACGACCUUGCGCGACGAUAUCCUUCGGCUGGGGGAGACGGUGCACAUCCUCGUCGGCACACCCGGACGUAUCCUCGACCUCGCCGGAAAGGGCAUCGCCGAUUUGAGCCAGUGCCCCAUGUUUGUCAUGGACGAGGCAGACAAGCUCCUCUCGCCCGAGUUUACGCCCGUCAUCGAGCAGCUCCUCAGUUUCAUGCCAAAGGAGAGGCAGGUCAUGCUCUUCUCGGCUACGUUCCCGCUCAUCGUCAAGGACUUCAAGGACAAGUGGAUGCGCAAGCCGUACGAGAUCAACCUCAUGGACGAGCUCACGCUCCGCGGUGUUACCCAGUACUACGCCUUCCUCGAAGAGCGCCAGAAGGUCCACUGCCUCAACACCCUCUUCUCCAAGCUCCAAAUCAACCAGUCAAUCAUCUUCUGCAACUCGACGAACCGCGUCGAGCUCCUCGCCAAGAAGAUCACCGAGCUCGGCUACUCCUGCUUCUACUCGCACGCCCGCAUGCUCCAGCAGCACCGCAACCGCGUCUUCCACGACUUCCGCAACGGCGUCUGCAGGAAUCUCGUCUGCUCCGACCUCCUCACGCGCGGUAUCGACAUCCAGGCCGUCAACGUCGUCAUCAACUUUGACUUCCCCAAGAACGCCGAGACGUACCUUCACAGGAUCGGUCGUUCCGGUCGCUACGGCCACCUCGGUCUCGCCAUCAACCUCAUCACGUACGACGACCGCUUCAACCUGUACCGCAUCGAGCAGGAACUCGGAACCGAGAUCCAGCCUAUCCCGCCCGUCAUCGACCGGAGCCUGUAUGUCGCGCCGGGGACGGAGGAGGAGGUCAAGGGCGCGCAGGAGGCGGCCAAGGCGGGUCAGAAGGUCGCGGUGCCGGCGGGCGUCGGUGGACACGGAAUGCAGGCGCCUCAGGUCCGGGGAAAGGACCGCAGCCUCCCGCCGCUGCCCCUCAGCAGCAGCAGCAGCAGCAACCCGCGCCACAGCAGCAGUACCAGCAGCCGCCUCACCAGAUGCCUCAGCAGCAGCAGCAGCCUCAGCAGCAGUACUACGGCCAGAAUGCGCCUCGGCCAGGCCAGAACGGCGCGCCUCUCCCUCCCCACCUCCAGCAGCAGUACGGCCAGCAGCAGCAGUACGGCCAGCCUCAGCAGUACAACCAGCAGCAGCAGCAGGCAUUCAUGCAGCAGCAGGCUCAGGCGAUGGCGUCGCGCCAGCAGCGAUGAGCGUUCGGCGACGACCCGUGAACGACGAUGA